AUGCCUUCUCGCACCGACUCUCCUCUUCAAGUCGCCGUUAUCGGCGCAGGCCUCGGAGGCCUUGGCGCCGCAGUCGCUCUCCGCCGUCAAGGCCAUGCGGUCACUGUUUAUGAGCGAUACGAUUUUGCCGGUGAAGUUGGCGCAUCGCUGAGUGCGGCAUCGAACGGAUCUCGCUUUUUGGAAGAAUGGGGUGUGGAUGUCAAGGGAGCCAAGCCGGUCAUUCUCAAACAACUCAUUAUGCAUAAUUGGAGUGAUGGGGAUGUACAGAGCACAUAUCCACUUGGCGAUUAUAAGUCUAAAUUCGGCACAGACUAUAACAACUUCCAUCGCAUUGAUAUCCACAAGGAACUCUUGAAAUCUGCCUUUGAGGCACCUGGAGAAGGUCCUAAGUGUGAGCUCAAGGUGAACUUCAAAGCGAUAGAAGUCAAUGCAGAGGAAGGUGUACUACGCUUCGAAAAUGGCACUGAAGCGUCGGCCGAUAUUAUUGUAGCUGCAGAUGGCAUUCGGUCCCUGACAAGAAACAUGAUAGGAAUCACCCCAGACUUUGAAAUGUCAACUUCAUGCUGCUACCGCUGUAUUAUUGGCGCCGACAAGCUUCGCUCACUUGGUCUGGAAGAUUAUAUCUCUAACGAGGCAAUCGAGUACUGGGGAGGAUACGGCAUCAACAAGAUUGUGAUGUCUCCAUGCAGCAACGGAGAAGUAGUAAGCUGUUACUGUUUCUAUCCUGCGUCACACAACAAUGUGCGCGACGAUGGAUGGAAUAUCAGUGCCACGCCACAGCAAUUGGUGGACACAUUCCCAGAUUUGGACCCCAGAAUGAAGACACUGAUGUUGAAUGCUGAGGACAUCAAGAUGUGGCGAUUGUACAAGCACCAGCCUUAUCCGUACUGGGUGAAGGGUAAGGUGUGUCUCUUGGGCGAUGCUGCCCACCCUAUGAUGCCCGAUCAAUCGCAAGGGUCAUGUAUGGCAUUUGAAGAUGCGGGAGCGUUGGGACUGGUGUUUAACAAGAAUUUCCGUGACGACUACGGAGUUCUCGAAGGACUGAAGCUCUAUGAGAGAUUACGCAAGGGUCGCGCUACACGCGUGCAAGAAGCAAGUUUCAGAGCGCGCGAGAAUCUCAGUGAGAGAAUUGGGUGGAGUUCUUCUACGGAUCGACCGGGAAAACUCACUAUUGAGGAGGUUUGUGGUUAUAAUAUGAGGGAUCAUUUGGCUGAGUUGGUUGCUGAGGAAAAAGGGGCUCGGGUCUGA